AUGGGACAUCCUGCUUCACUUCAAGAAUAUUCAGGGGGACAUGAGCAUCCAGCAAGUGGGGAUUCCGCAUCCAGGGCUCUCCUGGGCGGCUCCCUCGGUAAUUUCAGUGGUGGUCCAGGGGCGGUGAGUGUGGCUGCGACAGUCCACGGGGGACCUCCUCCAAGCCCACCUGCUUCUGGAGGCUCCAUCUCCAUUCCAAGUUCUGAUGAUGACACAUGUCACAUUGUGAUCCUGAGGCACACAAGUAAUGGGGCUACCUGCUUGACACAUUGUGAUGGAACCAACACCAAAGCUGAGGUCCCCUUGAUCACGAACUCCAUAAAAUCCUUUUCUGACCACACUCACUGUGGAAGGCUGGAAGUGUACCUCGUCGGCGGCUUCAGUGGUAAUAGGCGGUUGUCACAAAAACUUACUCAUCAACUUCUUAGCGAAUUCGACAGUCAAAAAGGUGACAUUCACUUAGUGACAUUAUGUGUGACAGAAUUAAAUGACCAGGAAAAAAAUGAAAACCACUUUCCAAUAAUUUAUGGCGUUGCUAUCCACAUGAAAACUGCCGAGAUUUACAGAACCUCCUUCCAGGAUCGCAGUCCAGGGCAGGAGCUGCGUGCUGCUCGAGAUAUAACAGGAGAACCGAUGAUUAGUAUUUACGAUUCAAGGACAGGACAACUCCGUACUGGACUCUAUUCCUGGAUGCCAUCUCCACGUGGGGAUGACUGGUUGCAGCAAGAUGAUAAGGAAAUACUAGAGAACCUUUUCACUUCACCUCUAGCUGAGCCCUCCCACUUUGUUGAACACAUUAGAUCUACCUUGAUGUUUUUUUACAAAUACCCAUCUCCAACAAACAAGCUAUUUCCUGGAAAUAAAGCUCUACUCUACAAGAAAAGAAAAAACAAACAAACAAAUAAUGAAGACGGCUUAUGGGAAAAGAUCUCUUCUCUAGGAAGCUGA